AAAGACAACCCAAGGGCUGAGAUUUGAGAACCUCCUUUUCUCACUUCAAACAGCACAUGCACGAUUUCCUUCCGCAUUUAUUCCCCCCCUCCGGUUCUCUCUCGGUGGCUCUCUCGUGCUUCACACAAAUUUCGGUCCCCAUCUUUUAACCCCCUGCUCCGAUCCCCGCGAUCCUUUCAUUCAGGUAACUCACCGUCCGGUUAUCCGACCACCGUCCACUGUUAGGGUUUUUGUUUCGUAAGUGCGGGCGGUUCAACCCCUGAAAGUUUGUAAAUUAGGGUUCCGGUUUCUGAGUCUGAGUGAGUGCUUGAUUUUGUUGAGAAGCUGCAUGAUUGCGGUUCUGAUCUCUGGUUUUGUCGGUGAAAAUCGUUCGGGGACUCGGGACUAGGGUUUUGAGUUUCGAUCUGAGUGCUAGUUUUUGUUCGCGGGAAAUUAGGGCUUGAGCUUCUGUUCGGGGAGGUUUGUAUCUUGAAUUUGAGAUCGUUUUCAGUGAUGCCGAGGAGUUCGCGGCACAAAUCGAGCAAACACAGUUCGAGGGAAGCGAGGGAGCAUUCGGACUCGGAGAAAGACUCGAACUUGAAGGAUCGGAAGGGCAAGGAAGAGAGUGGCGGUGUCUCUAGGGUCCCCAAGGAAUCGGGUUCGAGUGAGAAGCGGAAAGUCGAUUCUCUGAAGGAGGCCAAAGACUUUUACGGGACUGGAAAUGGGGACUAUUCCGAAGAGCAUGGCCCUUCCAAGCGACGGAGGGAGCGGGCAGGCGACGGAGUGAGCGAUCGGUGGAAUGGAGGCGAGGAAGAUCGGAAUGAGGUGUCAAAGAGGUCCAAGGAGUCAAAGGCUUUGGGGGAACCGAAGAGUAGUGGUAGCAGUAAGAGGAGAGAGGAGGGUGUGGGAGUGUAUGGUGAGGGUGCGGAGGCAAAGAAGAGUAGCGGGAAGCAUAGGGAUUCGGGUCGAAAGGAGAGUAGGGAAGGCGGCAUUGAAAGAGAGAAGAGGAUUAAAGAAGCGAAAACUGAUAGGUUGGUCGUUGAGAAUGAGGAACAACGUGAGGCCAAGAAGGUGGUAGAAAAAACUGGUUUGAAUGCACAGGAUGAGCUGCGAAGUCUUGAAGAAAAUCAGCUUGAGAAACGAGUGAGGAAAAGAAAAGAUGGUUCUGGUGAUUGGGAAAAGCAUCAAGAUGAUAUUGUAGAGAUUAAUGAUAGAAGAUUUUCAUCUAGGGAUGACUUUGGCAAGGAUGGGCGGCAAAAGGAUGAAAAGCACAAGGAUGAGAGGGGUAAAGACAAGUACAUGGAUAGAGAUAACAAGCACCGUGAUGACAAGCAAAGCGAUGAUCGCCCUACCAAAGAUCAGAGUAGCAUCAAAUCUGAUGAUAAGCAUCCAAGGGAUGAAAAAGAUGCUGUAGAAAUACGACAGAAGAAAAUCAAGGACAUUGAUCGCGAGCGUGAGCGUGAUAGGGAUCCCGGUCGUGAGAGGGACCGGGAUCGUGAUCGUGGCCAUGACCGUGAACGUGAUGGGGACCGUGGGCAUGGUCGUCACCGUGAUCGUGAUAGUGAUCGUGACUAUGACUUGGAUUGGGACCGUGACCGAGAUCGUGGUCUGGAUCGCAUUCGUGAUCGUGGACGUGAGCAUGACCGUGAAUAUGAUCGUGACCGAGAGCGAGACCAAGACCGUGACCGUCAUCGUGACCAAGAUCGUGACCGUGAUCGUCAUCGUGACCGUGAUGGGUCGCAUCUUGAUGACCGAAGUGUUGGAUACAAAGAUGGUAGGGGAAAGAAAAGAUCUCCAGAUGAUCGUGACGAUUCUAAUGAUAAUAAACCUAGAAUUGUCAAAGCUAAUUAUCCUGAUGGAGAAAACAAAUCUUGGAGUGGUGGUAAAGUUGAAUCGGAUGCUGAUAUGGGGAGAUCUCAAUCACGCCAAUCUCAUGCAGACACUCCAAUUAGUAGCAACAGACGGAGAACUUCACCCAGCUCCAGUUCAUAUGUUGGUAUGGAUGAGUACAGGCAUUUGAAUCUGGAAGAUGUGAAGUAUGGGGAUAAUAAAUCUCAACAGAGGCCCAAAGCAAUUUCUUCAAGAGAGGUAAGUGCUUUCUCUGGAGUGCCAGAGAAAGGUUCCAAGUACAGAUCCAUGGAGAGAACUGUCAAAAUGGAUGACAGUCAUUUAGGGGAGCUGUCAACUGAAAGGUCUUCAAGUUCCAAGGCAUCACCCAAGGGCUUGGUUGAAAGAUCUCCUUCAUCUUCAAGUCUUGACCGAAGGUAUAUGAAUAGAACUGGUGUUAGGCGGAGUCUCGAUAUCGAUGAAACAGGACGGAGAAGCAUUGCUUCUAUUGAUGCAAGAGAUUUCUCUACAACUGAGGACAGGCUGUAUCGAGACUUUCCACUAGAAAAGCCUCCAUUGGAUGAUUCCUCUCAGGCAGAUUCGCCAUAUUACAAUAGAACUAGUCUGAGCAAUGCAUCUUCUCUGAUUCCCCCGCCAUCUGCAUUUAGAGCUGGAGUUGAUAGCCCUUCUUUUGUGGGUUCAUUGGAAGAAGAUGGUAGACUAAACUCCACUGCCCGAUAUAAGAGGGGUAGUGAUUCUGGCAUGGGAAGAGGGCAUGGAAAUGCUUGGAGGGGUGUCCCAAAUUGGUCAUCAUCCGUGCCAAAUGGCUUCAUUCCUUUCCAACACGGACCUCCUCAUGGAGGUUUUCAGGCGAUGAUCCCCCAGUUUCCUUCUCAACCUUUGUUUGGUGUUAGACCUGCUGUGGAAAUUAACCACUCUGGGAUUCAUUAUCAUAUCCCCGAAGCUGACAGGUUUUCUGGGCACUUGCGCCCAGUUGGCUGGCAGAACAUGAUGGAUGGUUCAGGCCCUCCUCACUUGCAUGGAUGGGAUGGAAAUAAUGGUUCAGGCCCUCCUUGCCUGUAUGGGGGGCCUGAAUGGGACCAGAAGAGGCAUUCGAUGAAUGGUAGGGGAUGGGAAUCCAAUGCAGACUUGUGGAAAGGACAAGAUGCUGAUAUGAAAAGGGACUUGGCUUCCCCAUCCCAUAAAGAUGAUUAUCCAGUGCAGGCCACAAUAGACGAUGCUUUGGCUGUGAAGGCAGCUCAGAGGUCUCAUCAUGAAGAUAAUUAUCAGGAGGUUCAGGCAAAAACCACUGAAAUAAGUUCCACGGGCACUUCUCCAGCACAAGAAACUUCUGAAACUCUGCCUAAACCUGCCCAUGAGAAGGCAGCUGAUCAUCCUAAAUUAUCAAGUGAUGAUGUUUCUCAUUUCAACAUUUUUUAUCUUUCUAAGCUCGAUAUUUCAGCAGAACUUGCACGUCCAGAGUUGUACAGUCAGUGUAUAAACUUACUGGAUAUUGAACAAAGGGAAACUACUGAAGAAGAUACCACUAUGGAUGUAUUUUUGGAGGAUUCUGGAAGAACGGGUCUGAAAUUUUCCAAUAACUUAUUGAGUCAUUCACCUUUUCCUGCCAUAAAGGAUUCUGUUCUUCAGAGAGCCAUGGACCUCUACAAGAAGCAGAGGGUGGAAGUAGUAGGUCGGCUGCCCGUUGCUGUGGGAACAUUAGGCGUUGUCUCACCAUCAAACCAGGAGACACAGGAAGAAGAGCAAGGCCCCAUCUGCGAUGUGGUGAAAGCAGAGGAGCCAACCGAACAUUGGCGAGAUGAGAGGGGAGUUGAAGAUGGCUCAACUGUUGUAAUGCAGGAAAAUAUUGAGCCAGUUUCAUCCCCCACUCAGGAGUUCCAGAAUCAUGUUGAUCCUCCACCACAGAGGGAAGUGCUGGUUCAGGCCUGUGGUGGUGAGAACCAAGGAGAGUCGCUGGCAGUUUCCAGUGGCGAGAAAAAGGAUAGGAUGCCUUCUGAUCAGGUGAAUUUGGAGGUUGCAGAUGGGGAUUGUAUUUUGAAAGGUAAUAAUGAAUCGCAGACCACCGCCACCACCACUGCUACCAUUCCCAUGGAUGGCGAGAACAUUGAGAGGAUUGGCAAGACCAAGAUCAUCUGUGAAAAAUUGGCAUGUAGUGUAGAGGAAGGGCUUUCAGGUGAUGCAAUAAAUGGGCCUAAAUGUUAUCCGGUGGGUUCUCCCAGGGCAUGUGAGGCUAUGAUGCCUGGGUCAAAUGAGUCAGAGUCGGUAAUUUUAAGUCGGAUACAUCAUUCUCCUGAAAGUACACAUUGAGACAAUUUCAAUAACUCUAGCUUUUCUAAAUUGCAUUUUUGGGUUUAUGGUAAUUUUGCUCUUUCAUA